AUGUCUGAGGAGCAGAAGCCCACCAACAACGCUCAGGCUGAGCAGGAUGUCCAGGAUGUCCUCGCCGAGCUGAAGGGUGACAAUGCCGCCCCCGCCGAGGCGAGCAAGGAAGACGCCGAAGAGGCGCGCAUCGUCGCCGAGGCCGCCAAGCUUGGAGAGAAAUCGGAGCAGUCCGAGGAGUCACAGCAACGCGACACCCGGGGUGGUCGUGGUGGUAGCCGUGGUGGUCGCGGUGGUCGCUUCGCCAACAACGUCAAGUUUGACCCCUCCCAGCAGAAGCAGACUGACGACCCCGUCGAGAUCCGCAAGCAGGUCGAGUUCUAUUUCUCCGACUCCAACCUUCCCAUGGACAAGUUCCUCUUCUCCAAAGUCGGCGGCAGCGAGAACAACUCCGUUCCCCUGGAGCUGCUCCACUCCUUCAAGCGCAUGCGCCGCUUCCAGCCCUUCGACGCCAUUGUUGAGGCCAUGAAGACCUCCGAGACUCUUGACCUGGUCGACGACAACACCGCCGUCCGGCGCAAGGUUGCCCUGCCCGAUGAUGUGAAGGUUCACAGCGACCAAUACGCCAAGGUCUUCGCCGACGAAGCUAUGGCCCGCAGCGUCUACGCCAAGGGCUUCUGCCGAUUUGGUGAGGAGGGCCCCACCACCCAGACCGAUAUCGAGACUUUCUUCGAGACCUACGGCCCCAUCAACUCCGUUCGUCUUCGCCGUACCAACCCCGAGAAGGUUUUCAAGGGCAGUGUUUUCGUCGAAUUCAAGUCCGAGGACAAGCAGAAGGAAUUCCUGGCUCUGGACCCCAAGCCCAAGUUCAACGACCGCGAGCUGCUCAUCAAGACCAAGAAGGAAUACUGUGAUGAGAAGGUGGAGGAGAUUAACAACGGCACUGUUCGCCCCAACGAUGAUCGCCACCGUGCUGGCCGUGGCCGUGGCCGUGGUGGUCGUGGUGGUCGCGGUGAUCGUGGUGGUCGUGGACGCGGCGGUCGUGGCGGUGCCCCCCGCAAUGAUCGUGACUGGCGCGAGCGCCGGGACGAGGACCAGAAGAGCGGAUUUAAGGAUGCGGCUCAGAAGGACUCUCGUGGCGUUCCCGUUGUCAAGAGCUCCUCCGACUCUGCUGGUCAGAAGCGCACUCGUGACGAGGAAGCCAACGGCGAUCACCCCGCUAAGAAGGUUGAUUCGAAGGAGUAG